GUCGCCAACCGACACAAAUGCACGGAUCACAUUAAGACUUAUCCGUGCGGUGCAUCAAGAAAAAGGUUUUGGCCUAUUUUAAGUGAAAUCCUAUCGAGUAGACUCUUGAGGGAGGUAGUUUAUCAAGUUCAUUUAGCACAGUUAAGCCCUUUAUCAUUACCCAUGUGUUCCGCUCCUGCUGCCAUUCCACCCUCACAACGCUAUUUUAAUUGUUUCUAUGAGUCCUUUAAGGCACCGAAUUCUAGAAAGGUUGUGGGAAUGCAGACCACCCUGCAGCAAACCGAGAAGCGAUGUCGUUUGAUCCUCGGGUCUGCGGAAGCCAACGAACUCAGGGCGAUUGCGCAUUGCUUUGGCUACGACCUCCAUCGUUUUCAGCCGCAGCUACUUUCCUACAUCACCUUGGAUGUGGUAUCUGAAGAGAAAGUUCAUCGUCGACUCAUAGAAAGUCGAUUUUUCGAUAUGAUGCUUGAGGCUUGUAUGGUGAUGGAACGCCUCAGAAGAGUUAAGACGUUAGUACAGUUAGAAGACGCUGAGAGAAGGAUAUUGAGGAGUUUGGAAGUCCAACAACGAGUAUUGUCGAUGCGAGCAGAGAAGGAGCGACAGGCUGACGUCGCCACGAAUGAGGAGUCUUUGCCUCACGGUAGCCAUACUACGCAACAUUUUGAUAGAAAAUCUGACGCAUUGUUAUUGCUUCAGAUCGAAGAGAAAGAAGCUCGUCUUGCGAUUCAAAGACAGCAGUUUCUUCUUGCUGUGACCUUUAAUGAUUACGGCGUCAAUGGGGUAAAAGCCAACCAACGUGCUCAAGAUAGGCAUGAAUUGUUGAAUCAUCCACUUGGGCGAGAGGAAUUCAGCCGUCUUUGUUCAGAAGAAUUCCGUCAACGGACCUUCAUAAUGCAAGAAAGUCAUGUUGCCUUUCGUGCGAUUGCUGCAGAAGAAACAAAAGCCUUUUGCCAGAUGUAAAAUACCUUCAAAUGAACAUCAGCUCAUUAUCUCUACAUUACUUUAAACGAUUUGUAUAUUCUAUAUUUGUAUCGUGAGGGAAAGUGCAAAGGGGCAUGAGUGUGUUCCAAGAAA